AUGUCCUUCACUGCCGCCUCCACGAUGGGUAAGGCGCUCGUCGGCGUCCCGGUGACCCAGACCAAGUCCUUUCGCCAGAUGCGCGCCGUCCCCGCCGGCCGCCGUUCCUCCAAGGUGGUCGCCAUGGCCGGCGCCGAGACCGCCGUGGCCGUCGCCACCCGCUGGGCCCUCGCCGUGCCCACCAUGUACGCGGUCGUGUCCUUCAACGAGUACGUCACUCACCGCUGGUUCCAGCACGCCGAGUUCAACAAGACCGACUGGAUGAAGGCGCUGUGGUGCAAGCUGACCGGUGCUGAGGUGGCGCCCAAGUGCGACGGCGGCGGUCACAUCGAGCAUCACGCCGAGACCCUCGACGACAUGUCCCUCAAGACCGACCCCAAGUGGCUCAAGUCCGAGCCCGCCAAGAUGCUCGUCAACUCCAAGUACCGCGGCACCGCGUUUGAGUACGACAUCACCGGCCUGAUGGUCCUCCAGAUGCUCCCCACCUCCAUCCCCAUCCUGGCGCUCAUGGGCUUCAGCGCCCCCUCGGGGAUGGCCAUCAUCCUCGGCGCCGUCGCCAUCCACGCCGCGGUCUGGAACUCCCUCCACCCUGCGAUGCACGGCAUGGAGGACAUUCCCCUCAGCGAGGGCCUCAACGUCCCCCUCCCGCUGGCCAAGAUGCUCCGCAAGACCGGCUACUACAACUGGCUCUACAAGAACCACAUGGGCCACCACGUGAUGAGCGGCAGGAUGAACUACAACGUGUGCUGCCCCGGCAUGGACCACAUCCUCGGCACCUACUGCCCCGAGGAGGAGUGGUACGCUAAGGCGAGGAUGCCCGCGGGUGCUGAGACCCGCGACCCCUACCCGGCUGGCGAGUACAACCGCCGCCUCCAGGAGCGCGCGGAGAAGGGCAUGGUGGCUGCCGAGCUCGUCGAUGGCGUGGAGCUCGAGCUCGAGCCUGAGCUCGUCAGCGCCUAA